CGAUCCCCCCAUAUAUAAAGCUGUUGCCCCAACCCUAGCCCCUCCUCCGCGUCUUCCCUCUCCCCAGCUUGUCAGCAGCCGCCGCGCGCUGCUCCCUCUUCUCCCCUUCGGCGCCGUCAUCGCCUCCGCGGCCGCCAGAUCGCUUGUGAAACUAUCUUGUGGGGAGAUGGCGGUUUCUUUCGCUAACGUCAACUCUGAGGCAGGGCUUAAAAAGCUUGACGAGUACCUUCUCACUCGCAGCUACAUCACUGGUUACCAAGCUUCCAAGGAUGACUUGGCUGUCUACUCCUCAUUUUCUGCUGCUCCCUCAUCCAAGUAUAUCAAUGUCACAAGGUGGUUCAGUCACAUUGAUGCACUCUUGAGGCUGAGUGGAGUUACUGCAGAGGGCCAAGGUGUCAAGGUUGAGUCAUCUGCUGGUCCAUCAGCAUCAACGCCUGAUGUUGCCGACACAGCGGCUGCACCUGCUGCUGACGACGACGAUGAUGAUGUUGACCUUUUUGGUGAGGAGACCGAAGAGGAGAAGAAGGCUGCUGAAGAGCGUGCUGCAGCUGUCAAGGCAUCGGGCAAGAAGAAAGAAUCUGGGAAGUCGUCAGUUUUGCUUGAUGUGAAACCAUGGGAUGAUGAGACUGACAUGGCCAAGCUUGAGGAAGCAGUAAGGAAUGUCAAGAUGGAAGGACUGCUCUGGGGAGCAUCCAAGCUUGUCCCAGUUGGGUAUGGCAUCAAGAAGCUUCAGAUCAUGUUGACUAUUGUUGAUGACCUUGUUUCUGUUGACACUCUGAUCGAGGACCAUCUGUGCGCUGAGCCAGUGAACGAGCACGUCCAGAGCUGUGACAUUGUUGCCUUCAACAAGAUCUAAAUCUGCUGGGCGCAGGCUGUGGUCAGUGGACACUGCACCGAUCCAAAAUAUCCUGAGUUUUGCAUGUGGACUAGUUAUGUCUGUUCCGUGUGUCGACUAGUUAUUGCCUGUGAGGUUUUUGGAACCUAGUCAAAAGUGUACCAGUUCUGUUACCAGGGUUAAUUUGCAUUAUUUGAAAGACCGACUGGCUGGAUUUUCUGUUUCUUCUAUUCGUAAUAUACUCUCUCUUUCCUGGUUA